UUUGAACAAAAUGAUAUUUACUCAACUAUAUUUCCAUCCUUACUAUACGAAACACAUAUAAACAUAUUUAUAAGCAUCAAAAAUUAUAAAGAUGCGUUUCUUCAAGACAUUAAUAAGCUAGUUACUGAUAUGGAUUCCAGAAAACCAACUGUAAUAUAUUUACAUGGUUAUCUAGGCAAUGUUGAAAGUGAUGACGUUAUUGCUAUUACUUCUGGAUAUCUUCAGCGUAGAGAUCAUAACGUAAUAGCUAUAGAUUACAGAAAUAUAUCUUCUCAGAGUUAUGCAGAUUUAACAGAUAGUGCAGGUUUAGUUGGAAAAGUAAUUUCUGGAGGUAUUAAUCAACUAAUCAGUUAUGGCAUAUCUAAGAGAAGUAUUCAUUUGAUUGGGCACUCAAUGGGUGCCCAAAUUGCUGGCAUCGUGGGACGUACUAUUGGCUUUAAACUUUCUCGAAUUACUGGAUUAGAUCCUGCGGGUCCAAAUUUUAAUUAUCCAGAAGCGCAUCUUUCUAUGAAUGAUGCUGCAUUUGUAGAUACGAUUCAUACAGAUGCAGGGGCAUAUGGAACAGCACGUCUUUCUGCUACGGUACAGUUUUAUGUUAAUAAAGGAUAUCGAGUUCAACCCGGAUGUCCGAUUCAUUAUGAGUUUUUUUCUGAUGAAGAUUUUUGUAGUCAUCAUCGUUCAUGGAAAUAUUAUGCUGAAUCUUUAGAAACAGAAAAUGCUUUUAUUGGCACAUAUUGUAAUUCAUCUCAAAUGUUUGAUUGUGGAACUUGUAAUAAAAAUAUGAAAAUACCAAUGGGAUACGCAACUCCAACUAAUGUAAUGGGUACAUUUUACCUGAAUACAAGAAGCCAAUCACCUUUUGGCAUGCAGAUACGAGGGGCAGUAUCAAACAAUUUGUAUAUUGAACUCGAAUAA